GAACCGGCGCCCCUCCACCGUCUCCCCCCGCCGAGCAGGACGCGCCGUCCCGGGGCCUCUCUGCACGCGUCCCAAUGAUGAGUUAUGCUGAAAAGACAGAAGACAUCACCAGAGAAGAGUGGAUGGAGAAACUGAACAACGUGCACAUACAGAGGGCGGACAUGAACCGGCUCAUCAUGAACUACCUGGUGACAGAGGGAUUUAAAGAGGCGGCGGAGAAGUUUCGGAUGGAGUCCGGUAUCGAGCCGAGUGUGGACCUGGACUCUCUGGACGAAAGGAUAAAGAUCAGAGAGAUGAUCCUGAAGGGACAGAUACAAGAAGCCAUCGGACUCAUCAACAGCCUUCACCCGGAGCUGCUCGACACCAAUCGAUACCUGUAUUUCCAUCUGCAGCAGCAACAUUUGAUUGAGUUAAUCAGGCUAAGGGAGACUGAGUCAGCGCUGGAGUUUGCCCAGACACAACUGGCCGAGCAAGGGGAGGAGAGCAGAGAGUGUCUGACAGAGAUGGAGAGGACACUCGCCCUUCUGGCUUUUGACAACCCAGAGGAUUCGCCCUUCGGAGACCUGCUCAACAUGAUGCAGCGGCAAAAGGUGUGGAGUGAGGUGAACCAAGCUGUGCUGGACUAUGAAAACAGGGAGUCUACGCCCAAGCUGGCGAAACUCCUGAAGCUCCUGCUGUGGGCACAGAACGAGCUCGACCAGAAGAAGGUGAAAUAUCCCAAAAUGACUGACCUCAGCACGGGAACCAUCGAGGACCCCAAGUGAACAUAACGGAAAACAAACAACCACCUUCCACGUCUCCUUAAUUUAUAAUCAGUCAGUGACUGUGUGACAACCAGGUAACAAAUAUGUAUAAACUAAUACUACAUUGUUUUUAUUUUCCAUGUUGCAUCCAUGAGAAGUUAGACUUAUAGACUCAUUGUGUAAACUGUAAUUUGCUGUAUUUGCAAACCGACAGAAAUUAUCUACUUUAAAUAACAAUCCUGGAUUUUCAGACGGAUCUCGGAGACGACAAAAUUCAGACUGCUGUUUUUAUAUGUUGUCUUUCCAAAGCUUAAGUCAGUAUUAUUAUUUAUUUCCCCCCCUGCCAAUAAUUUACCAAGAAAGAGAGAGUUGACGGUGUAAAAGAACAACGUUAAUACUUUGGUGGGUGAGGAACCAGAAUCCAGGCUGAACUGUAACGAUGCAAACUUUGAAACAGCAGAUACACAAUUAGCCUUUUUAAUGAAGACGUGUUUAGACUAAGAAGAAGCGUUCAUCUUAACUUAAAUUCAAAAUCUAAAUUUCUUACUUAAAAUGUUAAUACAUUUCAAUUAAAUGGAAAAAAUACGCUUUAGUAAUGUAAUAUAAUUUUAAUUUAUAUAAUAUUUUACAGAUUUGUGUUCAGUAUAGUGUUUGGCAAUUUGCCUUAGCAUCGGUCGGUUGCUUCCUACACCUGAGGAUCUGAUGAUUGUAUGUGCACAGUGUCGGUGGCGUGAACGACCUCAAAGGAGGUGAAGCAGGUUCUGAGUGACUCUCUUGCUGACCUGAGGCCCUGGGCCUGUCUGAGCGUCCGACACACUUCACCUCCAGCAUGCUCCCAAUGUCUGAGUUUGGUUUUACAUCAGUGGGGUUGAGGUUAUGAUGUUAUUCAAGUUUCAAGCUUCAGCCGGUCUCACUGAUGUAAGCAGGGUUCCCACGCUGCGUGAGACAAAGGCCUGCUAAGGAGCUGUCAUGUCUGCUCUCUAGUCUUUAAAACUGUCAAACUGAAAAUUAGUUGGAGUUUUUGUUAACGAUGGUCAGAAAUAUGGACAUUUCUUAUCUGCACUGGUUGGUCAAAGAACUUUCUGUCCAUUUUGCCACUUUUAAAACCGUUUUUCACUUUAUUGCAUGCAAGUGUUUUGUUUGUUUGUUUGUUUAUUUGCAAUGGGGAAAAGGCACUUGUGCUUGUUUACUUUUGUUUAUUUGGUUUACUUUUAUAAAAAAACAGAGAACAAACUUGCUGCUAGCUGUCCAUCCUUUAUUUCUUUUAAGGUUGCAUUGUCUUUAUAUAUAGAGAUAUAUAUAUAUAUAUAUAUAUAUAUUGGAUUUGACAAACCCAAAAACCCAGAGAGAUCACACCUCUUUUAUUAUUCAACAUUUUUAAGAUCAGAUUUACAAGUAUUGAAAUAAACAAAACUUUUGUGAACC